ACUUUGAAUUUAUUUAUUAACCAUGAAAAAAUGACUUGAUGUUUUCCUUCAUUUCCCCUUUCAUAUGCACUCGUGAUACGCUCUCAGCUGGAUCAAAACCAAUGGCUUCGAUGCACAUUCACAGUACAUAUCUUCAGCAUACAUUUUUCACCAGUGCUUAUCCUUAUUAAUUUCUUGGAGUAAGAUCUCGGUAUGGGGUUUUCAGGGAGUCCCGCAGAUCAACAAUAUCUCUCUUGACACCUUUGGUCGACGCCUUUAAUCUUGGAAACGUAAAAUUUCCUUUAUUGGUUCUUUAGUACUCUUUCCAAAUAAAAGAGGAAAAUCUUUCCAAAUCGAAAAGUUCCCCGGAAGAACUCAUGAACAUCUCUAUCAAAAUCUCAAAACCUCACCAACUCUAUGCGAAUCUACUAAUAUCAUAUAUACUUUUAGAUGGAAAUUCGGUGAAACAAGUUACUUUCGCACAUCUACCGGUAUUCAACAUGGGUGUCUAGGACCACAAAUCCCCCAAACUCAAUGAUUAUUAGGGUGUAUCAGAAGCUGCUGUCUCAGGAAGAAACAAAAGUUUCCGUCUGAUAAUUUCACCGAAAAGGCUCCAUGGUUCAUGCGAUGUCGACAAUCAAAUCGAAGUACCAGGGUCCAUACAAGUCUGGCUAUACUCUCGUAGACGUCGGAAGUAUAUAUUUUAUACAUGGUAUACAUGAAACAUGGUUACCGCAUUGGGAACCUCCUUUCUGUUGGAAUACAGACUUUAAAAGUUAACUUUGUUAUGGAAACUCUCUAAUUGAUGUCAGACACACGGGGAAGAUUUCCCCAAAAGCAGCAACAUCUAUCAAACGACAGACGAGACAAACGAGACAGACGAGAUGGAAUUGUACCUGCAUUCAGGAGGGAUACAUAGUAUUCCAAAAGCUAAUCGCAUCGCAGAUUCGCAAACUACGACUCGACUGGGUAAAGUCACGAUAUUUAACCACUUUGGGUGGGUCAGAGUUUCAGAUAUACUCGAGAUUAACUCGAGAUUGGGACCCCAUUUUCCCCUCUUAUAUCAUCUGUAAGAAGUUAUGAUGGUUCUUUUGGAUUUCCAUCUACGCGAGCCCAUCUAGAUUCUAGACAAAUCUAAUCAUUCUAGUGAUUACUUUAAUUGGCGACCGCGGAGUCAUUUUUACUUUCCUCAACAUGAUCCGCAUCAUGCUGAUUCCCCUGGCCCAAGGUGCGCCGGCCCAUAAUACCCCACUCUCAAAGUUUUGAUUGAUUUGGUGGGAUUCUUACAUGGGCAUAUCCUCGAGCGAGUACAUGGUUAUCACUACCAAGUACACGUAGAGUAAGUACAUAUAGGUAAAUAUACUUCCAGAUCUUUCAAACCGCUCCUUAAGAACUUCCAUCUUUAACUUCUCUUCUUCUACUCCAAACGCAGACUUGUCUGCCUUUCACUCUUUUUUGAGCUUCGCCAUCGUUUUUGGUCUUGACCAUUGUACAUUCAUUCUUCCAUUCAUUCUCAACCGUCCUUUUCAAGAUAUAGUUUCCGCAAAAUGCAACUCAGCACAUUGACAGCCCUUGCGGCAAUCGCACUCCCAGCUUUAGUGUCAGCACAAUUAAGUGGUGCAGUCGGUCCAUCGACCUCGAGAGAAUCUAAGGCUAAAAAAGUGUGUAACGUUUUGAAUUAUGGCGGAAAGGCGAGCAAAACUGCAGAUAUCGGCCCGGCGCUUAAAUCUGCCUUUGCAGCCUGCAAGACUGGUGGAACAGGUAUGUAUCCCAAAGUCUGCUGCCAUUGACCAAGACCUUACCUUUAUAUAGUCUAUGUCCCGCCCGGAGAUUAUGGUAUGAGUACCUGGGUUACACUCAGUGGAGGUUCAGCAUGGGCACUUAAACUAGAUGGUAUUAUUUAUCGUGUUGGUACCGAUGCUGGGAAUAUGAUCAUGAUCGAACAUACUACCGAUUUCGAAAUGUACAGCAGCACUUCUGCAGGUGCUAUUCAAGGUUAUGGUUAUGAAUUUCACAAAUCCUCGACUUAUGGUGCACGCCUCCUCCGACUUUACGACGCUACCAACUGGUCCGUUCACGACAUUGCUUUGGUCGAUGCCCCUCAAUUCCAUUUGGUGAUUGACACUUGCACGAAUGGAGAGAUUUACAACAUGAUUAUUCGUGGUGGUAAUGAGGGAGGUCUCGAUGGUAUUGAUGUUUGGGGAACUAAUAUUUGGAUUCACGAUAUUGAGGUUACUAACAAGGAUGAGUGUGUUACUGUCAAGGCAAGUUUUAUCUUCGACAAAGUUGUAAUAAACUUUAUCUAAUCAUAGCAUAGAAUCCUUCCGACCAUCUUCUCAUCGAAGACAUCUACUGUAACAGUUCAGGAGGUUGUGCUAUAGGCUCUCUCGGAGCAAAUACCGCCAUCUCUCACAUUGUCUACAACAACAUCUACACUUAUAAAUCCAACCAAAUGUUUAUGAUCAAGUCAAAUGGUGGUAGUGGAACCGUCUCUGACUGUCAAUUCAACAACUUCAUCGGUCGCUCCAACGCCUAUAGUUUGGACAUCAACGGUGCCUGGCCUGAAGCAAGCGUGGCUGCUGGUAAAGGAGUUAUCUACAAAAAUCUCUCCUUCAACAACUGGAAGGGAACUGCAGCCAGCGGCCUUGCACGUGGACCAAUCAAUCUCCUCUGUCCUGCCACCGCCCCAUGCACAAACAUCACCAUCACCGAUUUUGCCAUCGGCAGCGAAACCACCAGCAGUGAAAAUUACAUCUGCCAAAAUGCCUACGGUUCCGGAGGAUGUCUCAAGCCCGACACUGGUUCCCCAUCAGCAUACACCACAACCAAGUCCCUCGGCGCCAUCCCAACCGGCUACAAAGCCGCAACCAUGGCCCAAGAUCUAGCCACUCCUUUCGCCGUCACGGCAAGCAUCCCCAUCCCAACAAUCCCAACCUCUUUCUUCCCAGGCAGAACGCCCGCCACCGCACUCAUGGCCCACGGAGGCGCCAUCGCUUCUAGAGCUGUUCUCGCCCACAAAGCUGUUACCAUACCAGCUCAAUCCUCCUCAAUCCCAGCCUCUAAAUCCAGCACCAGCGCCAGAAUCUGCACCAAAGCCUCCUCUCCAUCCGCCACCCCCAAGACAACCCUCGUAACUAAAGCUUCCAGCACCGCUCCAGCUCCAUCUACAUCCGCCAAGCCAGCCACGACCAGCAGCACUUCCUCAGCUGCUUCCGUCCCUUUAUAUGGUAACUGCACAGGCGGAAAAUCUUGUUCUGCUGGUACUUGUAUCAAGCAGAAUGAGUAUUACUCCCAGUGUCUUCUAGCAUAAAAACUGACGGUAGAUGGUGGGUCUGAUGGUGAGUCGGAGACAGGAAGUGAGGAUGAUGAGUGCGAAGUUUAGAUAGUAGUUUAGCUAGAUAUGCUUAGGAUGAGAGGGAGGGGUUGUGGA